UAGCUGUAGUGCAGCGCUGAUUACACAGACGGGACUCUCUCUCCUCAUCGACCUCGUUCCCUCUCACAGUGUGCGGAGGAAAGAGAGAGAGUGAAAAGACACCUCUUCAUCUCUGAUUAUUCAGACUGAACGGAGGCACGAGCGAUACCCCCUCCUCCUCUCUUUCUCUGCGCCGGAACCCGGGUGACUGGAGCGCGCGUCACAGUGACAGCUCCACCAACGAAAGAGACGAGCCAGAUUAUCUGGGGAACGGACUCUGUAGCUUUGUUGAACACUAGGUGCUGCAAAAGCAAAACACCAAAAACUCACGGGCUCUUUCUUCAGAGAACGGACACAGCUUCUGCUGCGCCUGUGUCUGUCUGUGUCUGCAUGCACUAAAGAGAACUAUCAACUCGGUGACUGGAUUUACAGUUAUACAUCCACGAACUAAACCGUCUGGAAUCUAUCAAUCUAUCAGGAAAAUAACAUUUUUUUCUUCAAGAGAGAGACUCCAAGGGCGCAAGGCACCUGUCAACAGCAUCUAACUCUGCUCGAGCCAAGCUUUGUGCCAUCAGAUACCGCCACACUAAACACCCUCGCCUCUCCCCAGAACUGAAAGGAGAGAGAAAGGAGAGAGGGAUAGUUGAGAGAGGGGAAAGGGAAGAAGGAAAGAGUGAUAGAAAUAUUAACUAUUCUGUACCAGGAGCUAGAUUUCUCAUUUUACUAGAACAUUGGCAUGGCAACCACGGGCAUCAACAGGCUACAUAUCCUACCGCCUUGACUAUUUAACCGACCCUCAAUGCAUUACUCAUGUUUCCUUCUGUAAGCAGCCUGAAUAAUUAAUUUAAUAAUAAAGAAGAAACACUUUUUAUUGAAGUUCCAUUUUCCUUGAGGAGUACCUGAAUAUCCUCCCCUCGACCUAGGUCGGACUCGGACUGAGAGGAGGGACAGUUGACUCUUUGCUUCACCUGGUGAAGAGUCCGGUAAACCGGACCGACGUCCGCACACACUCAAGACCCCUGCGCAUGGGGGAUUACGGCCCCACGAGGUCGGAUGUCGUGCAGCACGUGCUAUUACCUGGUCAUCAGCUCCACACACCUGAGCAACGGCCACUUCCGGCGUGUAAAGGGUGUCUUCAGGGGACCGCUCUGUCGCACGGCCUCCAGCCAAUCACCGGAUCAUGGUGAGAGUGCAGCAGGUACAGUGGAGGAUGAUGGGAAGUCGAGUUUCUUCUGUCAGCUGUGUGAGAAACAGUACCUGAGACACCAGGAGUAUGACAACCACAUCAACUCCUACGACCACGCACACAGACAGAGACUGAAGGAGUUGAAGCAGAGGGAGUUUGCUCGGAACGUUGCGUCUAAGUCGUGGAAGGACGACCGCAAGCAGGAGAGAGCUCUGAGACGCCUGCACCAACUAGCACUGCUACGACAACAGACACACAGGGUACCAGGCCAGGUUGUUAGGUUUCAAGGGACAGUGAGAGCUGAGAUCCAGCAUUCAGAGAGACCCUGUGGAGAGAGAGACUACAGACCAGGGGACCACUAUGUCCCCUUGACCCAAACAGGGUUAAUCCAAACCACAGGGAACUCCCAGCGACCCGCUGUUACCCUACCUCUAACCCAGCCCCAGACCAUCCCGCUCAGCCUCCAGGGAAAGGACUCCCCCCAUCUCCAGACCAAGCCUCUCUCCCCCUCCCAGCCCCAGCAGCCAGAGGAUCCUACCCACAUACCCAUCUUCCCUGGAGGGCCCUUCCAAGCCUCCCCACCCCUAGCCUUGCAUUCCAGAUGUGGACCUUCUAUGGAGGAUCCCCAGCCUCGCCUGAACAGCUCUCCCCAGGACCCUGCCUUUCCGUGGGGCAGAGACAGAGGAAGGGUGGGGGUCUCCUUCUGUUUCUCCAGGAGGGGCCCGAGGCUAGAGCCAUCUGCCUCUGUCUUCUCAGACCAGCAAGAGGAGGAGGGGAGAGGAGGAGGGGGGGCAGAUGAAGGGAAGGGGAAGAGAUGAACUAUGGCUGCGUCACCCAGACAACCUGUUAAUAGGGCAACCAACCAACAGCCUUCACCCCGGAAACAAGACAGAACCCUCAGGCGGGGAAGAGGGGGAGGAGAGAAGAGAGAAGAGAGGAGGGGAGGAGAGAGACAGGUUCUCUGCUAGCCAUGACCCAGGCUGUCCUACUCGCAACGCCAGACUGAGAGUAACAGACCAGAGCCCUGAACACGGGACAGCAGAUAAGAGGGAGGAGGGGGAAGAGAGGGAGGAGAGGAACAGGGGUACAGAGCACAGACAACAGGGCCAUGAGGUGAAUCAGACUCCUAUGUCUGACUCCUAUCUCCAUGUGGUUGCCAGAGACGGAUCCACCCGUCUGAGAUGGCCAGUAGAACUGCUGCAGUUUACCACAGCCAAACCCCACCUCUCCUACAGCUGUAAGCCCACACACUGGCAACCCCACACCAACCCACUACACUGUAACCCUGAACACAACCACAACCACUGUCAAACCAAGUCACACUGUAACCACUCAGCAAGCCAGCAGGAGACAGAGACACACACAGAGGAGUCUGACUCCCUCAUGUUCUCUAGCUCCCAGCCUCCUCCUCAGGACACAGAAAAUGUAGAAUCCAAUACAGAUCUAUAUACAGAGACAGGUGGGACAGAUGAGGGAGCCACACACUCAUUAUCCUGUCACGUUGUAGAGAAGACAGAAGCACAUGGAGUGACAGCAGCCUUCCAGGCAGAAGCAACAGUGCCAGAGAGUGGAGGUGAAUCUGGGUUCAGAUGGCACCACCCCCUCUUCGGGAAUGGUGACCCCCUUCGCGGUGACAACACUCACACAAACCCCCACAAUCCCCAAAGAGGCAGAUUAGGACGACAUGUGAGACAGGAGAGAGAUCGAGCCGUCAGAACCCCCAGGCCUAAAUUAGAGGCUGUCAUCCAGCCUUGCGCUGCCGUUUGUGUGUGUGCAAGCGAGGUUAGAUGUGUGUGUACGCAUACUGCCAGCUCACGCACACACUCCGUGGGUGGUUCAGUAAGCACUCCGACAGAUGUGUCAUGCCGAAAUUUAAACGACAGCACAAAGAAGAAGAGGAGGAGAGGGGAAAGGUAUAAUGGGACUUCAAACAAGUGCGAAGGAGAGCGGCAGCGUCUUAGGAGCGUCAUAACCUCUGUUUCCACCUGGUGGGGCGGAAAGAGGAGAUGUGACGGAGACAGAGGGAGAGAAGGAGACAGGGAAAUAGAGCGGGAGGGAGAGACAGGUGGAAAGAGGAGAAGAAAGGCAGGGGGAAAGAGGAGGAGGGGGAAGAGAAGGAGGGGUGGGACUCUGUGCCUGGUGGGGGAGUGUGACGCUGAGUCUGUGCCCUGCUCUGACAGACAGAGGCCUCACAGGAGUCAAGGUAGAGACCAACAUUACUAUAACGCUGCCUCCCAGUUCAACCCAGCACCAAGAGUCACAGAGAGGACAGAGUACUACAGCACAGAGUCUCAGCUGUAUAGAGAGAUAGAGAGAGAGAGAUAUGGAGAGGUGGAGAGAGGAGAAAGGCAGGGAUGGCCUUUCUACUGGAGUUCAGACUCCUCUCUGUGUUCUACUUCCGGGUCGCCCUGGGUAAAGGCUCACAACCUCCCAGUGGCAUAUGGUGGUCUCCACGGUUGCAGCGGGGGCUACCCAGUCUACAGUCGCCAUGACAACAUCCCUGGUAGCAAUAUUUCCUGUAGCCCAGUGAGGAAGAGUAAAUACAUCCACAGAAACAGGAAAUACAUGAGUAGGAAGUGGUCAGAGAGUGAGGAGUGGGAAAGAACAGAGAGUGGAAGGAGGGAGAGCUGGGAUGGAGGGAGUAGAGGCUGUCGGGAAAGUGGUAGGGAGAGAGGGAACAGGGAUUGGGGGAGUAGGAGGCAGGGUUGGGUAAGCAGGUUAUCCAGCCCUGGAGGAGUCAGUGGAGGGGGCUGGCAGGGGUCUCUCUCGACCCCCAGUCACAGAACUCUGGAGGUUUUCAGGGGAUGGAGGUCUAGUCCUGGGGAGGGAGAAGUCUGGAACAGAGGACCAGGGGACUCAAGCCCAGACAGAUGUACCUGGGGCAACAGUGACAGUUGGGAGGACAGGGGGACAUACUGCAGGGAGGACAGAUACAGCUGGGAUGACAACUGGGAGAGACAGAGGUCCACUGAAGGUAGAGAGAGCUGGAGCAGGUGGGAGAAGGGAUCACAACCUAGCCCCAGCCCCAGACCUGAUAGUUUUAGCUGGGACUGGGCAACCAGAUGCCCUGACCAUAGACACAGCCCCUGUCCUGGUUCCCAGUCUGUUCCCAGUGUGCAGGUUACCAAAUGCCCCAUCUCCAGCCCCAGCCCCUGGCCUGAUUCUAGCCCUGACUGGCUGCCCCGACAGCCCAGCCCUGGCUUCUGUAGCAGCAGCACCAGUGUGUCAGACCUGAGUGGGCGGUGGAGUAGCUUUAGUACCCACUCAAGACUCAACCUGACUGGGAGAAAAACAACAGGGGUGCCCAGGCGAGCACCAUGUCCCUCACCCACCAAGGAGAAACACCAAGCACCCAGCCUCAAACCUACUCCUCCUAGACCUCUGCCCAGCACUGAUACCACCCAUCCACAGGACAGGAGCCCCAACCCCACAGCACAGCCUACAUGUCUCUCAGACAGAGAGCCCAAAGCCCCCCCAAAGCCCAGAGAGGGGAACCCCAGCAGAACUAUGCUACUGCCUCUUAUCGGGAAACUACCAGCAAUCAGGAGAGGAAUUAGGAGACGAGGGGCAGAAAGAGAGAGGGAGGGCCCUGACCAAACAGAGAAACAGGACCACAAUCAAGACCAGGAUCAGACACAGGACCAGGACCACAACCAAGGGAAGGAGAGUAUGAAGAACGGAGCGGUCCAAAGUGGUCGACCGUGCCCUCAACCCCUCUUGUCUCAGAGCCCUGAGAAAACUGGAGAGGACACGUCCUGUCCUUCCCUGACAUCACAUCCUGCUGUGACCUCAUAUCCUGCCAUAACUUUACCUCACAGGGGUCAGUGGUCACAAGGCCCCUCCCCUCCUCUGGCUCAACAGCCAAUCAGCUUCAGCGCUGAAGAGAUGGACAAGUAUCGCUGUCUGCAGGAGCAGGCACGAGAGCACAUGCAGAGACUGCUACAGGGGACAGAGACACACACACCGGCACACACACACCAUACCCCCUCCCCAGAGCCAUACACACACCCCACACUCACUCAUACACAUGUGGCACAGACUCAAGAGAAAAACACACACUCCACUUUCCUAAAUACCUCUCUAAAGCUAGACGCACACCCCGUACAAACACAGCUCUUACAGACACACUCUACCCCCAGUCUCCCCCCUCCUCAUCCUCCUGUCCCCAUACCGCAGCCUCUAAUGACCCACCCUCCUCCACCCACCCAACAUCAUUACAUUCUACAACACACAGCGUUCAGUAUGGCACUCUCGUCACCCUCCUCUACCUCUUCCUCUCUCGCCCCCCACACCUCACCCCCUCAUCACCUGCCCCUCCUACACCUCCCUCUCCCCCAUCCCCACCCCUCUCCAUUCUCCAUCUCCUCUAUCUUUCCCUCCAUCCUACUCUCCCAUCCUCCUCUACAUCUCCUCCCUCCCUCCCCUGCCUUCCACCCCUCUCCCCUCACCGCUCUCUCUACCCUCACACUGCCACCGCCGAGACCGUCGUAUCCAGAAAGACUUUGGUCAUUGAGGUUUCAACAGAAAGCAUUAUGAUGCUCUCUGAUGACAUCACAUAGUAAUACAAUGCAUUGUUAACUCCUGGACAAUAAUGUCCCAUACAGUAUAACAAUCCACAGAAUUUUCAGAAUUUUUGUGUAUGUGUGUGUGUGUCUGUAUAUUAUGUUUUUGUAUGAGUGCAUGCGUGUGUGCGCAUGUCGUCACUGUCGGAUGAAAACCUUUUAACUCUAUUUUUGCCAAUUUUCAUGUUUAUACAUGUGUUGGAAGCAUUAGCUCCCCUCAAUGUACUCUGAACAUUUCAUGACUUUAGAAACAAGAAAAUGUAUUCAACAUAGCUUCUGUAGUUUCAUAAUUGUAUGUUUCCAUCCCUCCCUGUUCAAGUAUGAAUCAAGGGAAAACGUGCACCUACUAAGACUAGCUGGCUUUCUCUCAUCUCUUUCUUCCUCUCUGAAUGUUAGGCAUACUGGCUGUCUUUAGAAGUACCGUCAUACUGGCUGUCUUUAGAAGUACCGUCAUACUGGCUGUCUUUAGAAGUACCGUCAUACUGGCUGUCUUUAGAAGUACCGUCAUACUGGCUGUCUUUUGAAGUACCGUCAUACUGGCUGUCUUUUGAAGUACCGUCAUACUGGCUGUCUUUAGAAGUACCGUCAUACUGGCUGUCUUUAGAAGUACCGUCAUACUGGCUGUCUUUAGAAGUACCGUCAUACUGGCUGUCUUUUGAAGUACCGUCAUACUGGCUGUCUUUUGAAGUACCGUCAUACUGGCUGUCUUUUGAAGUACUGUCAUACUGGCUGUCUUUUGAAGUACCGUCAUACUGGCUGUCUUUUGAAGUACCGUCAUACUGGCUGUCUUUUGAAGUACCGUAACACCUGAGAGAGAGAAAGAGCGACAGACAGAUGCCCAGGCCGUGAGCAGAGCAAUAGGCCCAACCCCCACUCCUACACCCGCCCAAGCCCCAUUCAGCGACCAAAGAGGCAUGUAUCAGGUGCCCAGUAUGUUCUGCUCACAACUAUUAGUCUGAGGCGUAACCACACAAAGCACAACACUGGACACUAUGGAACACAAAGCUUUUCUUAUAUCAUGCUAGAAUAUCCAAGGUCUGAGGUCAUCUGCCUUUGGCCUAAAGAGCAGGAACCCAGACUUCACCAAAGACAUCAGAAAUACAGACAUUGUCAUCCUACAAGAAACAUGGUAUAGAGACAGAGCCACUGGUUACCCUCUAGGUUACAGAGAACUGGUAAUCCCAUCCACCAAACUACCAGGAGUAAAAAAGGGAAGAGACUCAGGGAGUAUGCUAAUUGGGUGUAAAUCAGACCUAGCCCACUCUAUUGAAUUAAUCAAAACAGGAGCAUUUUACAUCUGGUUUGAAAUAACAGAAGAAUGUCCUCCAGUGUGCUACUUGUAUACCCCCACUAGAUUCCCCAUGCUUUAAUGACAACAGCUUCUCCAUCCUAGAGGGGGAGAUCAACCAUUUUCAUGUUCUAGUCUGUGAUGACCUCAAACACCAGAACCAGUCAGAGACCUGACACUCUCAGCACACAGGGGGACAAACACCUACCUGAAAGUGACAGCAUUCCCUCCCCAAUAUGCCCCGCUAGACACAACUACGACAAAACAACCAACAAAAACGGGUCACAAAUCCUGCAACUCUAUCGCACGCUGGGUCUGAUAGGUUUCGAGGGGACUCCUUCGGUAGGUACACUUACAGCUCAUCCCUUGGCAAUAGUACUGUAGACUACUUUAUUACCGAACACAACCCAGAGUCUCAGAGCGUUCAAAGUCAGCCCACUGCCACCCCUAUCAGAUCAUAGCAAAAUUACAGUCUACUUGAACAGAGCAAUACUCAACAUGAGGCAUCAAAGCCGAACAAACUGCAUGCCAUUACGAAAUGUUAUAGAUGGAAGGAAAGUAGGGUCGAAACCUACCAAAAAACAAUUGGCAAACAAAAAUGUAAUCCCUCUUAGACAACUUCCUGGACAAAACAUUUCACUGCAAUAGUGAAGGUGUAAACCUGUAGUAGAAAGCAUAAACUGUAUAUUUGACCUUUCAGCUUCCCUAUCAAAUAUAACAAUUCCAAGCAGACAGCCUAAGAAAAUUAACAACAAUGACAAAUGAUUUUGAUGAAGAAUGUAAAAACCUAAGAAAGACAUUUUGAAACCUAUCCGUUCAAAAACAGAGACCCAGAAAACCUGAGCCUACGUCUUCACUUUGGUGAAACAUUAAAACACUACAGAAAUAUACUAAGGCAAAAGAAGGGACAGCACAUCAGCAGUCAGCUCAAAGUAAUUGAAGAAUACAUAGAAUCAAACCACUUCUGGGGACAACAUAGCCCCACUUUCUUCAACAUAUAUAUCAAUGAAUUGCCGAGGGCACUAGAUCAGUCUGUAGCACCCGGCAUUACCCUACUAUACUCUGAAGUCAAAUGCCUACUGUUUACAGAUGAUCUGGUGCUUCUGUCACCAACCAAGGCAGGACUACAGCAGCACCAAGAUCUUCUGCACAGAUUCUGUCAGACCUGGGCCUUGACAGUGAAUCUCAGUAAGACAAAAAUAAUGGUGUCCAACAAAUUCAAAUUCUAUCUAGACACCAUUGCCCUCGAGCACACAGAGAACUAUACCUACCUCAGCCUAAACAUCAGCACCACAGGUACCUUCCACAAAGCUGUGAAUGAUCUGAGAGACAAGGCAAGAAGGGCCUUCUAGGCCAUCAAAAGGAACAUAACAUUCGACAUCCCAAUUAGGAUCUGGCUAAAAAUACUGGAAGCUGUUAUAGAACCAAUUGCCCUCUAUGGUUGUGAGGUCUGGGGUCCACUUACCAACCAAAGAAAGUCACAAAAUGGGACACGCACCAAAUCAAAUUGAAACUCUGCUUGGAGAAUUCUGCAAAUACAUUAUUUGUGUACAACGUAAAAUCCAAACUAAUGCAUUCAGAGCAGAAUUAGGACGAUACCCGCUAAUUAUCAAAAUCCAGAAAAGAGACGUUAUGUUAUGUUGUACAACCACCUAAAAGGAAGCAACACCCAAACCUUCCAUAACAGAGCCAUCACCUACAGAGAGAUUAACAUAGAGAAGAGUCCCCUCAGCCAGCUUGUUCUGGGGCUCUGUUCACAAACAAAAACAGACCCCACAGAGCCCCAGGACAGCAACACAAUUAGACCCAAAAAACAGAGCAAACUGGAAUGCUACCUUUCCCUAAAAAAAUUAUAUACAGUGGCAGAAUACCUGAUGACUGUGCACUGGCGUAAUGCAAUUUCUCUGGACCCCCCCAAAGGUCGAGUUUGCAACUGACCUGUAUAUCUUACCUGAACGUGCAUGACGUGAGCCAUUCCUCGCAGCUUGGAUAGAAAGUUGUUUUGUGUAAAACCUGUUUAUUAAUGCCAAUCUCUCUUUUUUUCUAUGUAGAGGCCUAUAGUAGCUACAAAAUGCGGCUGCGUCGGCUUGCAUUUUUGUGUGCAAAUGUUCUCACCACGGCCUGUAGGUCCAGGUUACAGACCCGACUGUUUUCUAUACUGAGUAUUGACAACCCAGACAGUUUUUUCCGCGACAUUGUGCAUUUUAUGUCCAUUGCACUGCACACAAUUUAAACUUAGUCUUGAAUGGUGCAUAGCAAGAUAUACCAGAGAUAAGGGACUGUUAAUAAAAGCAAACACACAACUCAAAUGACGGUUCACCAGAAUGAACAAAAUCAAGAACGCAAGAACUGUUUGUCCACUAAAGAUAUCGGUUUGCAUCUGCCAAUUUACUGGCUGUCCAGUAUACAGACAACAUGUCCCAGCGCUUCCUCGGCCUACAAUUAAGGUGAAUGCGAGAGACUCAAUUAAAGACAUUGCAGAACUGCUAUAUUUGAAGCACCACUCCUUUCUUCCCAGUUUCCCUGAUGUUGCUACGGCAAUCAAGUUGUUUAUAACCAUCCUGUAAAUGUCACUUCUGUGAAGAGAUCGUUUUCUAAACUAAAACUCAUAAAGACCUAACUAAGAAGAGUUAGGCUCUUGGUCUGACAUGCACUUUUGAACACCUAAGUAAGCUCCACUCAUGGCACUGGCGCCGUCGUAGUUCUGACCAGGCAUUUGCUCACCAAUAUCCCCUUAAUUUCAAUCAGUUUAAUGAUUUAUUUUUCAAGGCCUGAGGGACUUUGAUCAGUCACAUUAUUGAAGCCCAAUAAACAAAUACUUAGCUUCCUAGUAUAUAUGGACAUUUAAAAGGUUUAUGAAUUUCUUUUUGGAGGGUUACCGUGAAAAUGAUUUAUUAAAUAAAAUAAAAAUAGACCAAUGUCAGACAGGCGCAUGGCCCCCCAUGGGGCUGUGGGGAUAUCCAGUACGCCAGUGCCAUGGUGACUAACCCAAACUUAAGAAAAGCCUUGACUAUUUACAGACUCCAUGAGCCUUGUUGCUGAGAGAGGCUGCCAUUGGCAGAGAGAGAGAAGAAAGUCUAUGUGCCCAUUGUCCACCCAACGAGGUGGAAACUAAGCUGCACUUCCUAACCUCCUGCCAAGUAUGAACAUAUUAGAGACACAUAUUUCCCUCAGAUCACACAGACCAAGAAAGAAUUUGAAAACCAAUCCAAUAUUGACAAACUCCCGUAUUUGUCAAAAUACCACAGUGUGCAAUCACAGCGGCCAAAUGUGUGACCUAUUGCCACAAGAAAAGGGCAAUCAGUGUAGCACAAACCCCUUUGUAAAUACAACCAAUAUUUGUUUACUUCCCCUUACCAUUCAUAUUACAACUAUUUGCACACUGUUACAACACUAUACCUAGCUAAUAAUAUAACAUUUGAGAUGUCUUUAUCCUUUUGAAACGUUUGUGUUUGUAAUGUUAACUGUUAAUUUCUGAUUGCAUAUAUCACUUUUGUUUAUUGUUUUUCACUUGCUUUGGCAAUAUAAACAUGGUGUUUCCCGUGCCCAUAAAUCCCCUUUGAAUUGAAUUGAAUUGAGAGAGAGAAAGAGAGAGAGAGAGAAAGAACAGAGCGAGAGAGAAAGAAGAGAAAGCGCGAGGGAGAGAGAGAGCGCUCGAGGGAUAUAGGGAGAGAAAGGGAGGUGAGAAAUAGAGGGAGAGAGAGAUAGAGAGUAGAGAUCAAGAAAAAGUAAGGGCCAUCAUCUCCGUUUCGUACAGGUUAGUUAAGCAUUUGUACAAAAAGGCAUCAAUCACAUUAAAAGCUGGAAAUACUGUAACUUAAAACAUAAAGACUGUAUCAUCCCUGGGACAACACACACACAUAAAAUGGAAUGCAGGAAAAUGUAAUAACAUGUUUCCAUAUAUCUGGUGUACAAUGUCAUGUAAAUAUAUCUGCGCUGCUGAGGGGUAGAGAGACAGAGACUGACUGCAUUAUACAACCAUGGGACAAUAAAAUUACUUUACAGAAA